AUGUACAGUUAUCGAUACCUGAGGCCGGUCUCGCGUAGUGGUCGAGCAAUUCUGAUACAGAGGCAAGCAUACUUAAGAAACAUUACCUUCACUCAUUUCCGUUGUGAGGAGAACAAAUCCAGUGCGAGUAAAAGACCUACAGGUAAUGCACUAAAUACAAAGUUAAAUGAGCUCAAUGGGUCUCUGAACAACCUCUGGAACAAGUUUCUGGAGGGCAGAGGUGUCUUUCAACACCAUGCCAAAAACAUCAGAAAAUCAAUACAGGAGGCCAACAAAAAGAUAGCCGAGCAAGAGAAAGAAUCCAAGGAUGCUAAAAUAAACUACAAGAAAGAUGAACUCACCAAUGAAGAGAUAAAAGAUCUCCCGUCUGAGAGAGAGUUACAUAGGAAGAAAUGGUCUCGAAAGCUUGAGUUUUACCUGGAUUCAUUGCAGGAGACUCUGUUCACUGCGACAAAAGCAUUGAAUGACGUUACUGGUUACUCAUCUAUUCAGAAGCUAAAGAACAGUAUAAAUCUUAUCAAUGAAAAGCUUGACGCCACACGGAAAGCGCGCACUGAUUUAAAAUUGCAAUACACCAAGGCUAUAGAGUCCAGGACAUUAUCCCAAAAGCAAUUGAAUGAGCUUCUACAAAGAAAGAGCAGUUGGUCCCCUUCCGACUUGGAGAACUUCACAAAGCUUUAUAAAGACGAUGCAAUCAAUCAACAAACUGAGAAGGAACUGAAAGAAAAGGUCAGGGAUAUUGAAAAAAAGGAAGAGCAACUCACCGAUGAUCUUUAUAGAGCAAUACUAACCAGGUAUCAUGAGGAGCAGAUAUGGUCCGAUAAGAUUCGUAGAACUUCAACUUGGGGCACAUUUAUCUUGAUGGGAUUCAAUUUGGUACUAUUCAUAAUCUUCCAAUUGUUGCUAGAACCUUGGAAAAGACGUAGACUGACCGGGUCAUUUGAAGGAAAAGUAAGGCAUGCGCUAGAAUUACACUCACAGGAACAAGAAACUAAGAUACGCGACUUCUUAGAAGAGAUUAAGACAAAGGAGAGCAAUAACAUUGCUAAUGAGCAGAAAACCAUCACCAAGCUAUCCUUUUGGGACAAAUUGAGAAACACAUUUCAAAACUCUACUGGACUAUCGCUUACGCAAUUCAACAUGCUAGAGCUGACUGUUACCGCUAUAAACUCAUUCCUAGUUGGUAUACUGUUCACAUUACUGCUACAUGCCUUGUGA